AUGUCCACUGCUGCUACCAAUGCUAAGAAAAGAACUUUCAAGACCUACUCCUACAAAGGUGUUGAUUUAGAAAAGAUGUUGGAAAUGCCAACUGAAGAAUUCAUCAAAUUGGCUCCAGCUAGAGUUAGAAGAAGAUACGCUAGAGGUUUAUCUACCAAGCCAGCCGGUUUAAUGAAGAAGUUGAGAGCUGCUAAAUUAGCUGCUGUCGAAAACGAAAAGCCUCCUGUUGUUAGAACCCACUUAAGAAACAUGAUCAUUGUUCCAGAAAUGAUUGGUUCCGUCGUUGGUGUUUACAACGGUAAGGUUUUCAACCAAGUUGAAAUCAGACCAGAAAUGGUUGGUCACUACUUAGGUGAAUUCUCCAUCACCUACACUCCAGUUAGACACGGUAGAGCUGGUGCCACCACCUCUCGUUUCAUCCCAUUGAAAUAA